AUGCGCAUGUGCUUAACCGGAGAUCUCGGUGGCUACUAUACAGGCGCAAUUGGUCAAGACCGCGAUCAAUUCGGCAUCAAAGGAGAUUUCGUCACAUCCCCUGAGAUUUCUCAAAUGUUUGGCGAACUGGUUGGCCUGUGGUUUAUUGCCGAAUGGAUUAGCCAAGGCCAACCAAAGCAGGGCGUCCAAUUGAUUGAGGUUGGCCCAGGCCGUGGCACUCUUAUGGAUGACAUGUUGCGAACAAUGAAACGCUUCCCAGCUAUGGCAGAUAGCAUAGAGUCGGUUUUCAUGGUCGAGGCAAGCCCAGAGCUUCGAGAGACACAGCAAAAACUACUCUGCGGACCUGAUGCAGUACCCGAGACUUGUGAAGCCGGGUUUCGCAGCCAUGGAAAACAUUUAGGGAAGCCCAUUGUAUGGGCUGAAAGCCUCAAGUCCAUUCCCAUUGAGUCCAAUAAAGUGCCAUUCAUCAUAGCACAUGAAUUUUUCGACGCCCUUCCCAUUCACACUUUCCAAUCCGCAUUGGCACCAGCAUCGCUGCCUAAGACGACGGCAUCCAUUGCAUCAAUAGAGAAAACCUCUCCGGAAGUAAAAGAUUCACCGCCAUCGUACGAGUGGCGGGAAAUGAUGGUUUCUCCUACUCAUCCUGCCGAAGUUGCUUCUGCUCAAGCUAAAGCCAAGGCAGCCGGCAAAGAUGCACCCCCCGAAGAAUUUAAACUCAUUCUAUCCUCGAAACCUACUAGACAUUCUCGCUACCUUCCCGAAUCAUCUCUAAGAUACCAACAGCUCAAACAGUACCCCGGCUCCGUGGUUGAGAUCUGCCCGGAUGCCUCUCUAUACGCGGCCGACUUCGCGGCGCGUAUCGGCGGCUCUGAAAAGGUGAAGAAGUCGCAACCAAGUGGCGCGGCGCUGAUUUUGGAUUACGGAACAUCCGACACAAUUCCAAUCAAUUCCCUCAGAGGCAUCCGACACCAUAAGCUGGUCAGCCCCUUCUCAGCCCCUGGUCUCGUAGACCUGAGUGCCGAUGUGGAUUUCACCGCCCUUGCUGAAGCCGCUACUCUUGCGAGCGAUGGAGUUGAAGUCCACGGCCCGGUCCCGCAGGCGGAUUUCCUUGAACUUAUGGGGAUUCGAGAGCGCGCAGAGAUGCUCAUCAAAGGUGCAGGAACGAAUAAGUCAGCCACGGAGGACAUUGAAAAGUCUUGGAAGCGCCUCGUUGACCGAGGACCUAGCGGGAUGGGAAAAGUUUACAAAGCUUUGGCGAUCUUGCCCGAGAAUGAUGGCAAGAGACGGCCCGUUGGCUUUGGGGGUGACAUUUCACCAAGAUAG